CCAGGUUAUCAUCGCGACUUUUCCCCAGCGGUCAUCUCAGCCACCUUGAGUCCCUUAUAAAGGAUUUGCCAUCAACCUCCAACUCAAGUCAAACAUGGUCAAUGCGAACGACGUUCGACAGGGACCCGUCGAUUCCCUCAUCAGCAAAGCCCAUGGCAGAAAUUACUGGGAGGGAGUGGAUGCAACAGUCAACGGAAUGCUUGGGGGCAUCCCGCACGUCACGAGGGUCGACCUCCGGGGCUCCCGCAACUUCCUAGCCAAGCUGGGCAUUGGAUCCAAGCCCGGACAACGCGUUGUAGGGAACGCGCUGGAAGGUGGGGCCGGCAUCGGACGAGUCACCGAAGGUCUCCUUCUCGACGGCAUCGCCGAGGAGGUCGACAUCAUAGAGCCCAUCGCCAAGUUCACCGCCAGCCUAGAAGGCAAGCCCGGCGUGAGAAGCAUCUUGAACAUGGGCCUCGAGGACUGGCAGCCUGAGGACGGCGUGCGGUACGAUCUGAUCUGGAUACAGUGGUGUGUCGGCCACUUGACCGACGCGCAGCUUGUCUCGUUUCUCGAGAGGUGCAGAACGGCUUUGAACCCCGACGGCGGGUGGAUUGUGGUCAAGGAAAACAACAGCACAGGUAGUGAGGAUGAGUUUGACGAUGUCGACAGCUCUGUCACACGAGCAGACCACUCCCUUCGACGCAUCUUUGAGGAAGCCGGCCUGCGUCUCAUGCAGGCUCAGAUCCAAAGAGGCUUCCACGCGAGCGGGGUGUCGCUCUUGCCCGUCCGGAUGUAUGCAUUGAAGCCAGCCCAGUGA